AUGAACAAACAGCCAUCAUCAAUCAACAUAAGUCUUGGAGAACAAACCCCAACCCCCACUCCAAAUGGAGCUAUCAAUCCUCUAGUUUGGAAUGUGACCAUGGCCGAAGAACUCCAAGCCCAUGUGGACAAGUGUGACAUGUCCUUUUCACCCAAAUCAAAAUUAGGUGUCGUUGGUGAAUACCGUAUUCAAAUGGCCCCCAAUUUAAACAUUACCACAAUGUUGAAUCAAGUUGGUGAAACCAGUGUUUACUAUAACUGGUCAACAAAGACUUGUGCCAAGGGUCAAAUUAGUGUUCAUAAUUUUGGAAUUUGGAAUCUUACAACUUCAUUUGCUUGCGUACAUAAAUUAUGUGGAAAUACUCACUAUAUUACAUGUAACUAUUUCCCAAGAGGUGGGUUCCCAGGAUUGUUCCCUUAUAAUCCAGAAGGUGUCCCUCUUCCAACUACCACUCCUACUCCAACCAACACGCCAACUCCAACGACUACUCCUGCUCCCACGACACCACCCAAGCCAACUAGUGCCCCUGUAGUAGACCCGUCGGGCCAAUCAACAGAUUGGAGAAAUAUGUCUACCCGUAUUAAAAACCAACGUAACUGUGGUUCAUGUUAUAUCUUUAGUGCAUUAUCAAACCUUGAAAUAUAUUACAAGAUAAAAACAGGUAAUGAUAUUGAUUUAUCAGAACAAAAUGUUUUGAAUUGUUAUAAUAAUGGGUGUAAUGGUGGAUGGCCAAUGUCAGCUUUACAAUUGAUGCAACCAGUUGGUAUUGCCUAUGAAAAUGAUAUUCCAUAUACCGCUGUGCAACAGGCCAACUGUACUAAUACUACAGAACCAAGAUUCAGAUGGACUGGUCAAUACGACACUACAUCAGCUUCCAAGGAACACUUUAUCGAAGCCUUAAAGAGUGGUCCAUUAAUUGUCCCACUAUUUGCAGAUGCUGGAUUCCAAUCGUAUAGAAGUGGUAUUUAUUCAUGUAGACAACAAAGAGCUUCAGUUAAUCAUGGUGUUGUUCUAGUUGGAUACAACAAACCACAAGACUAUUGGAUCAUCCGUAAUUCAUAUGGUUCAACUUGGGGUCAAGAAGGCCAUAUUUAUCUCAAUGCAACCAAUGAUAAUUGUUACAUGUUGUAUUUUGCAGCCACCUAUGUUAAAAUUUAA